AUGGAGGCCAUUCUUGAUUUCUCACAGGAUCUGGAUGUUAACGUCCUCGACCAGGUCGUACAAGCGUUCUACACCAGUGCAGGAGCACAGCAACAAACGGCUCAAAAGGUGCUCACUCAAUUCCAAGAUCAUCCUGAUUCAUGGCAACGUGUACCUGCUGUCCUCGAGACUUCCCAGAACAUCAACACCAAAUACAUCGCUUUGCAAAUCCUAGAAAAACUGGUGCAGACACGAUGGAAGGCCUUACCUCCGGACCAACAAACGGGUAUUCGAAAUUUCAUCGUUCAAGCUACCGUAGAAACAUCCCAGGAUGAGACUAAGAUGAGAAGAGAGAAGGGGUAUUUGAACAAGCUUAAUUUGGUACUUGUGCAGAUUCUCAAACAAGCAUGGCCUAAAGACUGGCCACAAUUCAUACCAGAAAUCUGCGCUUCUUCACGUACCAACCUUUCCCUCUGUGAGAACAACAUGAUCAUCCUCAGAUUACUAUCAGAGGAAGUAUUCGAUUUCUCAGCCGAACAAAUGACCCAAGCCAAAACUAAAGCGCUCAAACAGACUAUGUGUUCUGAGUUUGGCGAAAUCUUCAAUCUAUGUAAUGAAGUCUUAGAGAAAGCAAACAAGCCAAGUCUGAUCAAAGCUACUUUAGAAACUCUGUUGAGGUUCUUGAAUUGGAUUCCAUUGGGUUAUAUAUUCGAAACUCAAAUUAUCGAUUAUCUCGUCUCACGGUUCCUCGAAGUGCCAGAUUUCCGAAAUGUCACACUUAAAUGUUUAGGAGAAAUCGGAGCCUUGAACGUCGGACCUGAAUAUAAUGGGAAAUUCGUUACUCUCUUCCAAGUAGUUAUGACUAGUGUCAACAGGAUGGUACCACCAAAUACAGAUAUGGCUGCCGCGUACGCUUCAUCUGACGAUGAGGAUCAACAACUUAUCAAAAACCUCGCUCUUUUCCUUACCAACUUCCUUCAUACCCAUCUUCGUCUCAUCGAAACUCCCGAUAACACCGAACUACUCAUCAACGCUCACUUGUACCUUAUCAAGAUAUCCACUGUAGAUGACAGGGAGGUAUUCAAGAUUUGUUUGGAGUAUUGGGCCAAGCUUGUAGCAGAGUUAUACGAAGAGAUCCAAUCCUUACCCAUGAGCGAUAUCAACCCAUUGAUGAACCUCAACAUCGGAGGAUUAGGCGCAGGAUUGAAUGGACCUCACUCGUUAGCUUUGAACGGCAUGCCUUUACGAAAGAACGUUUACUCGGACAUCUUAUCGAAUUUGAGAUUGGUGAUGAUUGAAAAGAUGGUGAAACCUGAAGAAGUAUUAAUCGUGGAAAAUGAUGAAGGAGAGAUUGUUCGAGAAUUCAUGAAAGAAAGUGAUACGAUAGUGCUAUAUAAGAGUAUGAGGGAGGUCUUGGUCUAUUUGACGCAUCUAGAUGUUCAGGAUACGGAGACUAUCAUGACAGACAAACUGGCGAAACAGAUUGACGGAAGUGAAUGGUCAUGGAACAACCUCAAUACCCUGUGUUGGGCCAUCGGUUCGAUCUCUGGUGCUAUGAACGAAGAAACUGAAAAACGAUUCCUCGUCACCGUCAUCAAGGAUCUGCUUGGUCUGACAGAGAUGAAGAGAGGAAAGGACAACAAAGCUGUCUGUGCAUCUGACAUCAUGUACAUUGUCGGACAAUACCCACGAUUCUUGAAGGCUCACUGGAAGUUCCUCAAAACCGUCGUCAACAAGCUUUUCGAGUUCAUGCACGAAACGCAUGAAGGUGUUCAAGAUAUGGCUUGUGAUACGUUCAUCAAGAUCGCUCAAAAGUGUAGACGACAUUUUGUGAUGCAGCAAGCUGGAGAGCAAGAACCUUUCAUCGAUGAGAUCUUGAGAACGUUACAUAGAAUCACGGUGGAUCUUUCACCUCAGCAGGUGCAUACGUUCUACGAAGCUGUCGGGUACAUGAUCGCUUCUCAGCCUAAUAAGCCCACUCAGGAGAGAUUGAUCGAGAAACUCAUGGAGCUGCCAAACAAUGCUUGGGACAACCUCAUGCAACAAGCAGCUAGCAAUGUCGAUGUCCUUGGCAACCCCGAGAACGUCAAAAUCCUCUCCAAUAUCCUCAAAACGAAUGUUUCCGCCUGUACUUCCAUCGGAUCAUUCUUCCUCCCUCAACUUGGCCGUAUCUGGCUCGAUAUGUUAGGUCUGUACAGGACUGUCAGUGGAAUUAUAAGUGAUCAAGUUGCUCAGCAAGGUGUGAUCGCCACCAAAACACCAAAAGUGCGAGCUCUUCGAACGAUCAAGAAGGAGAUAUUACGACUGGUCGAAACCUACGUCAAGAAGGCUGAAGAUCUCGAGGGUAUAAAUACCAACUUGAUCCCAGGUCUCUUCGAUGCUAUUUUGGGUGAUUACAACAACAAUGUACCUACAGCGAGAGAUGCCGAGGUGUUGAAUGUCACCGCUACCAUCGUUUCUAAAUUAGGGAAUAUCCUUACCCCUCAGAUUGUACCUAUCCUCGAUGCUGUCUUCGAGCCUACUUUGGGUAUGAUCAACCAGGAUUUCUCUGAGUAUCCUGAACACAGAGUGGGAUUCUUCAAGUUGCUUAGAGCAAUCAACUUGACUUGUUUCCCUGCUCUUCUGGAAAUUCCACCUCAACAAUUCAAGCUCGUCAUGGACUCGGUUGUUUGGGCAUUCAAACAUACUAUGAGAGAUAUCGCCGAUACGGGCUUGAACAUCGCUUAUGAGAUAGCCAACAAUUUCGCGGCGUCCACGCCCGACAUCGCCAAUCAGUUCUACCAACAGUACUUGUUGAACAUGAUUGGUGAUGUCUUCUAUGUACUUACCGAUGCGGAUCACAAGAGUGGUUUGAAGAUGCAAGGUAUCUUACUCGCUCGAUUGAUCUCACUUGUCGAGACUGGUUCAGUCCAAGCUCCAUUAUUCGACCCUGCUCAAGUCUCUGAUCCAAGUAUGAGCAAUGCUACGUUCCUCAAGGGAUACAUUAGUGAUCUGUUGUCUAAAGCGUUCGGACAUGUCCAACCCGCUCAAAUACAAUCAUUCGUCAAUUUGAUGUUCGAAAACUCCAACGACCCCAUCAAAUUCAAAUUGACCAUACGAGACUUCUUGAUCUCUCUCAAAGAAUUCUCGGGUGAUAAUGCUGAGCUUUACAUUGACGAAAAGGAGGCUGAACAAGAGAAGAAGGCUGCCGAAGAGAGAGAAGCGGCAAGCAGGGUGCCGGGAAUGUUGAAACCUGCCCAAUUGGAUGAUGAUGCGGAUUUGUAG